AUGAAAGCCUCUGAUAAAAUUCUUGUUUUGAUAUCUUAUAUUGUCAUUCUUGAUAGCCUACCAAAAUUUUAAUGUUGCCCUUAUAGUGGAUAUGAAUCAGCCUUAAUUCCUGUUGAAUCACCUAUUGAUUUUAAAUAUUUCGAUUCUUUAGUUACUUUGGAUGUGGGGGAUUCAUUUGGUUUUGGUUUUUGGAGUCUAUGCAUUCCAUAAUAAACUUUUAAGAAUAUUCCUACAGUAGAAUAAGAAUACAUUGCAACAGAUCCUGAAUUUGGACAAUUAUUAUUUUUAGUUAAGGGAAGUUCAAGCAAUUCAGUGAUAGGAUUCAUGAGAAUAGAUUACAUAACUUUGCUAGUUUAUCAUACAAUAAUGAUUUUAGGAAGUAAUGAUUAGGUUCUACAAUUUGAGUAUUAAAUAUUAAAUUACGAAGGCAGAUGGAUUCUGAACUUCAUAACAUUUCAUUUUUCAUAAAAAAAAAUCAUUGUUGAAAUGAGUGAUCACAUUAGUUAGAUUGGGACAAUGGAUUUAGAUUAAGAAUAUAUUUAAAUAUUUCAAGGAGGGAGUGGAAAUGUAAUAUAUAUUUAUUUAUAUCCAAUUAGAUUGAGAGUCUUAAUCUAAAUAUUUUCAAAGGAAGAUUAUCAAAAAUUUUUGUUAGCAAGAUUGAAUAUGUAGGUUAGGACCUAUUUUCGUAUAUGAAUGAUAAUUGUUAAGUACCUCCUAAGAUGCAAGAGGAAUAAAUAAUUUACUUUGUCAAAGGAUUGCAAAUCUUUAAUGGUGAUACUUCUCUCUAAUAUACUAUAAAUUAAUUUGGAAGUAAGUAUUGCUUAUCAGGAUGGGUUAAAUACGAUACAUCGAAAGUUAUUCAGCUUUCUAUAUAUCAAUUGAUUAGAAUAAGUCUUUUUAAAAAUUAUUUUGACAGGUAAAGCAUUGGAGAUGAAAUAUUCUUAUUGUAAGUCUGGUUUAAUAAGGUUUAUCCUGAAUAAACAUAAAUUUCUGUUAUAAUAGAUUAUCAUUAAAUACCGAUUAUGGGUUAGAUGGAUUAUAAUCUUUUAAACUUUGCUUAGAAAAUUUUUUCUGAUAUUAAUUCGCAACUUUAUUUUUAAGGAUUACAGUAAUGGCAUUUUGUAAAAUAUGAAUAUGGUUCUACAAUACCAGGAAGAAAGAGUUUGCUCUAAAUUCAAUUCUUCAAUGAUUUAAAUUUAAAAAUAUUUUCUAAUGACAUUUCUGUGCCAACCAAUUCUCCAUUUUAUGUUUAUUUUGGAGCAGAUGAAUUUGUAAAGGAAUUAUUAUAAGCAUCACUUUUCAAUUUUAAAUUUGAAUACAAUUAUAUUGAUGAAAAACAGUUCCUUUUUAAUGGUAAUUUGAAUAUUAUAUUUUUUAUAGCCUGUCAUUACUCUUGCUUAACAUGUGAUGGACCAUUUGAUAAUAAUUGUAUAAGUUGUGAAGAAGAUUCUAAGAGAUAUUAUUUGAAUGAAUAAAAGAGGUGUUAAUGUCUAUAUGGAUAUAUUGACAUUCUAGAUGAGAAAGUGUGUUAAUCAUUUGAAUAUCAUUUUUCAUCAGUGGAAAAACAAGAAGGAUUACAUAAUGUAAUUUCAUCAUGUUAAUUUGGAUAUUUCUUAUAUCCAAAUGAAAUUGGUAAUAAUGAGUGCAUAAAAUGGUAUAUUUAUUUAUUGUAUUCAGUCCAUAAUCUAAUUUUUAAGACAUACUAUGUGUAGAUUGUAUAUAUUAUCCAUUAACCUGGUAUUUAAAACCAAUUUGCAAAUUUGACUUAAUACUUGAAAUAGCAGGAGAUAAUAAUGCUUUUAAAUAUAAAGAAAGAGAUCUAUAAGAUUAUGAUUUUUAUUUGAUUGAUCAAAAUAGUGAGCUAUACCUUUUUCCAGGUUGCUUGGACUUUUGUGAAUUGGAAUUAGACACUAUCAACUGUUUUCAAGCAAAGUAUUAGCAUCUAGGAUAAACUAUUAAUGUCAAAUGUAAGCCUAAUUACUAUUAAUCAAAUGGAGAUUGUAUAUUAAUUAAUAUUAGUUGUUUACUUGCUUCUUUAGAUGGAAGUUGCUUACAGGUCAAAGAUGGUCUGUAUCUACAUGAUGGUCAUUAUUAUUAAUGCCCUUUAAAUUGCUUGACUUGUAGUUAUAAUUAUGAAACGAAUUCUUUAUAAUGUCAGUCCUGUAUUGAUCAUUAUGCAUUAGAUAAUGGAAGUUGUUUUCCUUGUGGAAAUUUCUGUAGUAUUUGUUAAAAAUACUAUGAUAUUAAUAUUAAUAACUACUAUUUAAAAUGUUACAAGUGCAUAGAUGAUUCAAAAUAUUUUCUAUCAUUUGAUGGCAUUAGUUGUUUAGAAAAUACUAUAAAACACUGUGCUUAUGCGUUUUAGGCCUUAUUCUACAAUUAUUAAAUUAAUACACUAGAUCUCUAUUUCACACCUAGGGAUGAUUGGGAUUUUAUUAUUACAACUUGUGGAAGAUGUAAUUACGGUUAUGGAAUUAUAAUGGAUUCUUAUCAAUGCCUUAGAAUGAGAGAUAUAUCUUGUAUUUUUUCUUUUGUUUAAUAUAUUUGUGACACUAUCAUUGUCAAAGAUGAUUUAAUUUACUAACAAUUAAUAGGAUCCUUUUAUUACUUGACUUCAAACAAUGAAAAUAUAACAAUGGCAUUUGAUGAUUAGGAAAAUAUUAUCUGUACAUCAUUAUAAUAUUGUUUGAUUAAUCAAGAAUAAUAUCAACAUGAUACAGCCAGAAUCCUUUAAUUUAAUACACAAUGUCCUGCAUUUGUUGAAAAUUGUGAAACUUGUUUAUUUUAUAAGAUGCAAUCUACUGGUAUUGUUACUAUUUGUCUAGAAUGUAAAAGUGGAUACUAUGCAGAAAGAUUAUCAGGUAAAUGUUAUUCAUGUCCACUUGAAUUAAAUUGUUAUAAUUGUGCUUAAUAAUAAAAAUUAUCAAAAGAUUAUUGGAAAAUCAAUAUCAGAGCCUUCUUUUAAAUGUUUAUUAAUUUUGAUAAUAAUCAUCCCUUUAAUCUCUAUUCUUAAAGUGAAAACAAGGAUGAUUAUGAGAUUAUAUGUACUAUGUGUAUAAAAGGUUAUGAAUUGGUAAAUUAAAAGUGCAUAAAAGCCUGUCCUGACUCAUGUUUGGAAUGUUAAUAAAUUGAUGGUUAAAAUAAAUGUAUUAAAUGUGAGCUUGAAUAAUAAGGUAGAAAAUUAAGUUUAUUUAAUAAUUAAUGUAUUGCUUGUCCAUAAAAUUGUGCAUUAUGUAGAGUUAGAUCAUAAGAUGAAAUCUAAUCAAUAAAUCCUUAUUUUAACAAUGAUAAAUACUAUACAAAUACUUAUCAAUGUUUAAAGAGCUUUGAAGAUUAAGAAUAUUAUUUUGAUUAAGAGUUAGGAAGCUUUAUAUCUUGCUCAAAUGGUAAUAAAUGUGAAUAACAAAUCAUAAUACCUAUUAAUUUAUAUUGUUCUUAGUAGGAUUAUACAACUGCAUUGGAUUCUAUGUAGUCAUCUUAUCAAAAAACUAAAUUCAAAUAAGAAAAUAUACUUUUAGAAGAAUUUAUAUCUGGAAAUAGUUUUCAACAAGUAAUUAUUAUAAAUAAUUUAUUUUAGUUUGAAACUCAUGAUUUCUAUAUAUAAGCCAAUUCUAUGUUAAUUAAAACAAUUAUUAUAAACAUUAUUAGCGUUAAACCACAAAUAUGCAGAAUUUAAGGAAAUGCUACAAUUAAACAAGAUUUUAGUGCUAAUAUAUUUUCAACGAUGUAAAUAUAUAAACUUAUUUAGUAAUGUCGAAUUAAAUAUAUAAUUAAAUUAAAAUACAAUCAUUGAGUUUGAAAGAUAAAUCACAUUCUAAAAUUUUAAUUAAAUAACAAUCAAAGGUGGUCACUUUUAACCAUUAUUUAAUAACAAAUUAAAAUCAAUAAUAUUUUAAAGCUAAAUGCCCUAAAUAAUAAUAUUGGAUACUAUUUUAUAUCAACAAUUAACUUAAUAAAAUGAUGAAUCUAAAUUCCUUUUUUAUGAUGUUAAAAAGUUAAAUCUAAUCAAUUUCAAAAUGUUGGAUCUUAUGCAAAAUACUGUUAAUUAAUUUAUCUACAUUGCUGAUACUCCUUAUGUCAAAUCAAUAACAUUUUAAUCUUUUGAAAUUCUAAAUUCCAUCCUUCUAAAUUAAAUCACUUUCUUUUUUAAUCUAAACAAAUAUGAUAUCAUUAAAAUUAUAGAUUUGUAAGUAAAUGCAAAAUUAAAAAAUUCAACAUUAAUAGAUACAAAAUUAUUAAAAUAAUAUGGAACAUUAGAUGCUCAAAAAGUAAAACUAGAAGUUAAUUUACUUAAUUGCCCGGCUUUUUUAAAUUUGUAUCUUUUUGAUAAAGUCACACUUUCAGGAAUCUAAUUUACAAAUGCAUUGAUUUAAAAUUCUACACUUAUAAUUCUUAAUAAUAAUAAUAUAAUUCAAGAUCUUAUGAUUAAAGAUUGCAAAUUUAAAGAAUUUAGUUAUGGAAUUAUAAAUUCUGAUUAACUUCAAUUGAAUAAUUUACAAAUUGAAUUAUCAAAUGUAAUCGUAGAACAGAAUGAAUAUCAUCAAACUACUAAAUUAUUUUCUUUUAAUAAAUAUAACAAUGAGUAUUCAAAAAUCUAAAUUAAAACAAUUACCAUUUCAUAGAAUUAUGUAUCAUUCAUUACCGAAGAUUUUAAAUUAGACACUUAUAACUCCUGUUUUAUCUAUAUUUCUCUUGAUGAUAUAGAGAUUACAGAGUUGGAUUUAAUUCGAGGAAUUGGAUUAAUAGAUAUCAGUAUUUUUGAGGCUAAUUCAUUAAGAAUAAUCUCUAGCAGAAUAACUUAAAGUGAUAAUUAUAAAUUUCUUGGACUUCAUCAAUAUAUUGAUUGUUAAUUAUAAUAAGUUUUGGGUGAAUAUUACUUACAAUCACUCUUUGUUACUUCAGUGCUUAAUUUUGAAAUAAUUGAUAUGUAAAUUAAAUUUGCUUAAUCAUAUAAUUCUCCGAUUAUCUAUUAUAAAUCGUUUGACAAAGUGAAAUAAUAAAAAUUUGAAAGGGUUCAUUUUUCUAAUUUAGUAAUAGAAUCAAAUUUAUUAUUAUUAUCAAACUCAAAAUCUUAAACUGCUAUAAUCUUUGUAGAUUCAGUUCAAUAAACAUCAUUAGAGCUUUUAAAUAUAAGUUUUGUUGGCAACAUUUUGCAUGAAUAUGUUUAGAAUAACCUUUAAAUUUCUUCUUUACUUUUAAAUUUAAACUGUAUUUUGGGAGCUAUCACAAUCAAAAAUUCAAAUUUCUUAAAGAAUACUGUUUAUAAUGGCACUGAUACUAUUAUUUACAUUAAAAGUCAGAAAAUAAUUGUUGAAAAUUGUACAUUUUAUUAGAAUAGUUAUUUUAAUUAUUAAUUAAUCUAGCCUUAUUUAUUAUGGGGAUUUUUAUAAUCUGAGAAAGUAUAUUAUGAACAAAUAAACUAAAUAUUUCAGGUUAAAUCUACAUCGGGAGUAGCAUAAUUAUUAGUAGAAAAUUUGUAAAUUUCAUUUUGUAAUUUCGAGUAAUCUGUAGGAUAUACUGGAGGAGCUAUGCAAAUUGAAGCUUAAAAAAAUAGUAUUAUUUCUAUAUCACAAACAUAAUUUAAGAAUAUCUCUACUACUUUCUCCUAAGAUUUAGGAUUUGGAGGAGUCAUAUAUUUAGACAGUACUUCAGCUUAAUCCCUUGAAGUUUUUUUAAAUUAUAUAUCUAUCGAGAAUAUCACAGCUAAGGAAUAAGGAGGAUUCAUUUAUAUACUAUCAGAUUCUCCUCAAGUAACUAUUACAUUUUAGCAUUUAAAUAUUCAAAAUGUUUUCUCUAAGCUUGGAUCCAUUUUAUAUGCAAUAUUCUCCUCUACUUCUUAAAUUUAACAAAUUGUUAAAAUUAAUUCAGCUAUUGUCUAAAAUAAUAAGGAAGGUCUUACAAGAUAUUUAAAUAAAUAUACCCAACUUUCAAAAACAGAAGAAAUAGCUAUAUUAAAUAAUAGAGCCUUAUUUUAUAUCAAUUAAGCAAGCAAUGUUAUUUUAUAAAAUAUUGAAAUUGAUAAUAUCAUCUUAGAGUCUGCAUUUCAAAUUAAUAAUGCUUUAAUAGUAUCGAUUCAGAAUUUAAAAAUAUCAAAUAGUAUCAUAAGUAAUAUACUCUUCAAAUUUCACCUCAACCAAUGUAAAUAUAAUAUUAUUAAUUAGAUCUCUUAAACAGCAUUUAGAUAAAUGGAUUGAUAAUUUCAAACAUAACUGUAGCAUUACAAUUAAAGAGCUAUAGUUGUCAGUAAUAAACUAAUAAUGACUAUACUUUAUUUUUUAAAUGCUUUUCACAAGCUUAAACUACUUAAGCCCCACUCAACUUGUUUUCACAUUAUAUCUAAUAAGAUUUUAACUAUGGAGAUUGUAUUUAAUCUUAAAUACUCAAAUAGAAUGAACAAGAAAAUAAUUUGAUAAUUGAAAAUACAUUGUCUGGAUUGUUGUCAUUCCAAGAACUCACAGACUUAUCAUAAAUUAAGUUGGAUAACAUGUUAUUUACAUAAAUAAACUGUAAUUUAUGUAAGAAUGGAUUGAUCUAUUAAUCCUUUUUGAAAGUUGAAGACAUCCUAAUGAAAUAAUACAUUUCUAAUCUUAAAAUAACAAAUUCUUCUUGUGGGUUUAAUGGUUGCUAUUAUAUUACAAAAGAGAAUUUAAAUGCACGACGAUUCCUUGUAAAUUCAGAGAUGUAAUUGUAAUCCAUGAAGUUUGAAAUUUAUAUUGAUAAUUAUAUAUGCCAGUUUAAUAGAGCUAAAAAUGGAACUUGUUUAUUCGCUAAAAAUGUUAAAGUCUUAAUUGAAAAUUCAGUUUUUCAAUAUAAUAAUGCAUCUGGAACAGGAGGCGCUAUUAUAAUUAAAAUGAACUAGGAAUUCUUAAUAAAAAGUAGUUUAAUCUAACAUAAUUCAGCAUAAAUAGGAGGGGGAAUAUAUUUGGUUAAUUAAUAAGAUAUGGAUUAUUUUAAGCUGGAAACUAUCUUUGAUAAAAAUAAAGCUGAAUAUUUUGGAAAUGAUAGGGUAUCUAUCCCUUAAAAACUAACGGUUACUUUAACUGAUGAAAAUUCUUUAUUAUCAACACUUACAAUCACAGAAACAUAAGAUUAAUUAAUUUAACAAGUAAUAUUAUAACCUAGUUAACCACUUUCAACUUAAUAUUUUUUUUUGCCAAGUGGUCAAAAGAUUUCAUCUUAUUAAGAAUUUUCAAAAGAAAAUAAAUCUUAUUCUCCUUUCAAGUACAAAUUUAGGGUGAUUGCUUUGAGCAAAGACAACAGCGUAAUGAAAAACAUGAAGAAUUCAUUUUGUGAAAUUGAUAGUAGAAUUUUAAAUACUUCAGAUUUAUUUUAAGAGGAUAAAUUUAGUAAUAAUCUUACUAAUAUAAAUAAGAUAAUCUUUAAUGAUUUAACUUAGGAUUAUAAUUUAGAUGAUUUGAUAAUCUAUUUUGAUAAUGCAUCUCCUUUAGAAAUUGUUUUAUAAUUAUAAUUUAGAUGUAAUUCAAUUUCAAUUCCUAUUUACAACAAAUCAUAUCCAUAUAAUUUGAUGAAUUCUCAUUCUAAUUACAAGUUAAGGGUGAACAUAAAGGCUUUGAGUUGUUAAUAUGGUGAAAUAAAAAAUAAUACUGAUUUUUCGUGUAUUCCAUGUAAUAGUGAUUAAGGCCUUUUUUCUUUAAAUAUAAAUUCUGAAAAAUGUGAUUUAAAAGAUGAUGUAUCGACAAUAAGUGUCUAAUCAGCUUUAUUAAAAUUAAAAUUUGGAUUUUGGAGACCCUAUUUUUAAAGCAAUAUUGUGAGUUAUUGCUUGAAUUUACAAGAAAAUUGCUUAGGUGGUUGGGAAGAAGGUGACAAUUCUUGUUUUUUAGGGCAUAUUGGUGCACUAUGCGAAUAAUGUGAUUUAUAUGAUACAAGAGGAGAUGGAAAAUAUUCAGUUAGUUAGAAAUAUUCUUGUGGAUCAUGCUUAGAAGAGGAGAAAAAUGCAAUAAUUAUAACUUUUGUCAGCAUAUGGUACAUAUAUUAAAUAUUAUGUUAGGACUUUAAUUUCAAUAUUAGUGUCAGUGCAAAGCACUUUAAAAGCUAUCGAAGAAGUUGUUAGAAUUAUUAGUAUUAUGAUGUUAGGAUUAGCAGUUACAUAAAAUACAAAUCAAUCUGCAAUAUUAAUAAAAAUGCUGACUAACUACUUGUAGAUCAUUUCUUCUAUAUCUACUUUUCAACUAAAACUUCCUAGCGGACUAUAAAGUACCAUUAAUGUAGUUGGAUCUCCUAUUCAGACUAUGACUUAUUCAUUGGAUUGUUUCUUAUCAAAUGUUUUUACAUAUGAAAUUUAAUAUGCUAGAAUGAUUUGGUAAAUAAUUAUGCCAUUUCUUUAUAUAACCUUCUUUUUAUUUUGUUAUUUACUUGCUGUCAAAUUUAAGCAUAUAACUUUUAAUAGAAGUGUCAUUACAACUACACUCAUCUAUAUGUACAUCUAUUUAUAACCAAGUUUAAUUGGAGGAUUUGUUUAACUUAUAUCAUAUCGAGAAAUCUCAGGUUAUAAAUGGAUACAAUCAAAUGUUUCUUAAAGAUUUGAUACUCCUUAUCAUUUAAAAUGGAUGCUUGAGCUUUGUUUACCUAUGCUUUUUAUUCUAGCAAUUCUUAUCCCAAUCUUUUUCUUUUAUGGUCUUUACAGUAAUUCUAACUAAUUGGAUGAUAAGAAAAUAAGGUUGUAAUGGGGUUACCUUUAUAAUGAAUACACAAAAACAGCCUACUUUUGGGAAGUUAUCAAAAUUUUACAGAAAGAAUUAAUGAUCAUUUUUUUGACAUAUUACGAUGAUAGUGUAAUUAUUAAAGCAACGAUAAUAUCUCUAAUUAUUGGAUUAUACUUGGAAUUAAGUUUGAAGUAUAAACCAUAUAAUCUAAAUAAUCUCAAUAAAUUAGACUAUUACUCAACAAAUGUCUGUUUAGCUUCAAUUACACUAGCUAUUGGUAUAUAUGUUUCAGAAUAAUCAAAUUCAUUAGAAAUACAAAUUCCUUACGCUAUAGUGAUUUCUAUCUUGAAUCUGCAUUUAACAUAUACAUUAAUAUCCAAGAUUUUAGCUGAAUAUUUGAAGGAGAAGUCUAGCAAAUUUGACGAGAAGAUGGAUAAAAUUCGGAAUAUUGUCAGAAAUACUUUUCCAUUUCUAAAUUAAAUUCCAUUUAUGAAAAGAGUAUUAGCAGAUCGUAGUGAAUAAAUUCAUCGAGUAGCAAAAUCUUAUAAAAAACUUAAACAAUUUUUAAUUCCCCAAGCAAAGGAAAUUAUAGCCUUUAAAAAUUAUUAAUGGCAAAUUGCUAUGGAAAGAAACAUGGAACAAAAUAUAGAUACUAUUCCUUUAAGUCUAAGAAGCCCAGCUCAAGCUAAAGAAAGAUAACAAUUUAUUAGAAAAACAGUUCGAGAAAGUUCAUUAUAAUAUUCUAAAAACACUAUAACAGCUUUUGUAUUGGACAAAAUGUAUUUAUAAUAAUAAUAAAAAAUUAGGAAAUAGAAAAAAGUUGAUUAGAUGGCAGAAAUUUUUGAAAUUAAGAAAUAAAAAUCCUCAAGAGUUACUCCUAUUGCUCAAAGUGAAAAGUAUAUUAAAGAUAACCAAGAAGAUUGA